GCUAUGCGAAGUUUGAAGAGAUGCCAGAAUUGUUGGACAUAUUUUUGUCCAGCAUUAAAGCCACACAGGAAUUGCAAUUUCACUGGGUCACACUGGAGUUCCUCAAACUCUGGGAGAACUUCACAUUUCCCAACAUGAAAACGCUGAAGUACACAUUGGAUGAGGAUUGGGCAAAUGUUUCUAAUACCGACGCCGAUGAAGCUCUAACAAUUAUGACAAAAAUAUUUCCUGGACUACAGAGUGUGAAACCGUAUGGUGGAUUUGAAUGUAGCACUCUGGUGAAAUUCACGCAGUUGCGUCAACUAGAUUUGAGCGAUUGGACAAUGGAUUAUCUGCCCUAUCAUUGUCCCGAAGAGUUAGCCACGUGUCCAUUGAUAGAAAAGUUAAUAAUUCCGAUUUUUUUGUAUUUCCCUGAAGUGUAUGAAGGGCUCAUGGCGUUGCCCAAGAUGAAUACAGUUUCCUUUUACCUCAAUGGUCAAGAUGACAUUUUAGCUGCAAUGCUAGAGAAGCGAGGCAAUGACGUACAAAAAAUGAUCUUUAACCAUUGCAUCUGGAAGUUCAGUGUGCCCACGUUUCACAAAUUGAGGAACUUGCGCCAAUUGACAUUGCUAAACGAAAACCGUCUUAAGCCCGACAAACUACUCAAAGUGAUUGCGAAUUUGAAACAGUUGGAGCAACUUGAUCUCAUCAAUUACCAAAUGAUAUUGUGUGAAGCAGCGCUGUGGCAAACUGUUGACUGUUGCCCAUCGCUAAAGAUCCUGAAUAUAUCGAACAUGUAUUUGAAAAAGGAUUUUUACGAUGUAAACCGAUGUGUCAUGGAGAAGACAUUGAGCAAUCGCUCUCGGGACUUAAGAUUGAAUUGCCACAACACAGGUGAAAACGAGAAGCUGAUGCGCCAGCUCUUUAAGCAUCCACGAUUGAAGCUCUCUUUUGAGCCUUUAAAACGGCAUGACAUCGAUAAGAGCAUGAUACAAAUGCAUUUCAAGCCUUCAAGCCAAAUAUGUGAUAACUUUUAAGUCUUUUGUUUCGACUGUUGAAACAUUUGUGAUAAGAUGUGCAAUUUUUUAAAUCGCAUUAUAAAUGCAGCAAA